UUAUUCAGUGUUUUUUGCGUCUUUCAGGGAGCUUGCCGGGCUGGGAGUGGUGAGGAGAGGAGUAGAGUCCCUCAGCCGCGCAGAACCACGCCGCUGGACUCUUUCUCUGCUAUCGCCUCAUGUUCCCAUCACCCCCCGCUGCCCCUCUGUGGGGAGAGUUGGAUAGUUCCGUCCUGCCAACAUGGCUGCUACCAUGAAGAAAGCGGCUGCAGAAGAUGUCAAUGUAACUUUUGAAGAUCAACAGAAAAUCAAUAAGUUUGCAAGAAAUACUAGCAGGAUCACGGAGCUCAAAGAAGAAAUCGAAGUCAAAAGGAAACAGCUUCAGAAUUUGGAAGAUGCUUGUGAUGACAUCAUGAUGCUUGAUGAUGAGGAUUCACUUCUAAUACCCUACCAAAUUGGAGAUGUCUUCAUUAGUCAUUCCCAAGAAGAGACACAAGAGAUGCUGGAAGAGGCAAAGAAAAGUUUACAAGAAGAAAUUGAAGCUUUAGAAUCUCGAGUGGAAUCAAUUCAGAGGGUGCUGUCUGACCUGAAAGUUCAGCUCUAUGCAAAGUUUGGAAAUAAUAUAAAUCUUGAGGCUGAGGACAGUUAAAGGUGUUACAAUUAUACCAUACAACCUUUCUUUUAUUGAAUGUUUUGAUAACUUUGUUUCAAUUACAUUAAAAAACUUCAAUUUUUUUUUUCCCUUCCUGUCUUGGGUUCCAGCUAUUUAGUAAGAACUUUCUUUUGGUUAUUGCAUUUAUUUAUUUGUACAGGAAAGCAUUGGCUUCAUACUGUUGAUAAAGCAUCAAGAUCGAACUAUUUGCAUUGGUUAUUAAAGUUGCAAAAUGAGACACA